AUGAAGACAUGCAGCGCGUCAGGCUCCAAACUGUUCUGCUUCACCGGGCCGCUACUGGCCUUCUCUGCCACCCUGCGUCAGAUGUAUGAUGAUUGGGCCCAUUAGGAAUCAACACACUCCUCCAAGGGAAGGCAGACGGGGGGACAAUGCUGUAAUGUAUUGGGACAUCGUGUUCACUAAAGCCUGUAAUAAUUUUGUAAGCGGUCGGAGUGAGAUAGUGCAGCGUCGGCAUGCACAGGGCAGGGGCAGUUUAGAGUUGAGGACGUGGGUCAAUUGGGACCAUUUUCUUUCUUUCUUUCUUUCGUUCUUUCUUUCUUUCUUUCUUUCUUUCUUUCUUUCUUUCUUUCUUUCUUUCUUUCUUUCUUUCUUUCUUUCUUUCUUUCUUUCUUUCUUUCUUUCUUUCUUUCUUUCUUUCUUUCUUUCUUUCUUUCUUUCUUUCUUUCUUUCUUUCUUUCUUUCUCAUCAUGGGUGCCAUAACAGCCACCAUAUUAUAGUCAGUCACUAAACAGCUUGCAUAAAACGUUUGGAUAAUUCUUGUUUAUUUUUUUUCACUCUGUUUUAGGUUGCCAAUCAAGUUGUGCAGGCACUGCUCACACAAAAGGUAGGAGUCUGGUUUCCAUAGCAACUGUGGGAUAAAAAUGUCUCAGAAUGAGACUAUUAUUAGAUCCAAUUAUGUUGUUAGACAUGUAUGCAAUACAGUAGCUCAAAACUUAAUCUUAACAUUCACUUUUUGUGAGACACUUCUCACUAUCUUCUGUUAACUAAUCAACUUUUAUGGUGUCCAUAUUAGGACAGUCACACAUGACUGGAAGUUCACACCUCUGUUUGUAAUAACUCUCUCUCUCUGUUGUUCUUCCCCAUGCAGGAUCUGAGGGAGGAGUGUCUGAAGUUGCGGACCAGAGUGUUUGACCUGGAGCAACAAAACCGGACCAUGAGUGUCCUCUUCCAGCAGCGAGUCCGACCCGCAUCAGACCUGCUCCUGCAGGUAGGGACCUGUCCACUCAUCUAGUCCCAGAACCACUAUAGAACCUCCUUGUCCCAGAACAACUACAGAACCUCAUUGUCCCAGAACCAUUAUAGAACCUAAUUUUCCCAGAACCAGUAUAGAACCUCAUUGUCCCAGAACCCGUAUAGAACCUAAUUGUCCCAGAACCCGUGUAGAACUUCAUUACCCCAGAACCACUAUAGAACCUCAUUGCCCAGAACCACUAUAGAACCUCAUUGUCCCAGAACCACGAUAGAACCCUACAGAGCAACUAUUGACCAUGACUCAGAGGUGCCCGACUGAUGGAGUUAAAAUAGCAUUUCACUGUUAUUAGUUUCAGUAUUAGAACUAUGUUGUUUCUUGUAUUCAAUAUUGUUGAAGGCAACAGUGUGGGUGUAAGGACAAUUUGCUCACUUCAAACUUCUGAAGAGCAGCGAUAUUAGAUCAUCCAUCUUUUUGUGAUGGCGAUGUGAUCCUGAGUCCGGGGUCUGUGAUAUCAUCAUCACUAAAAAACUAUGUGCUCAUGAACCAUCCAGCCUCUACGGGGCUGCGGGGCUCAGACAAGAUCAUUUGAGAAAGUACCCAGACUCGCGUCAUCCAUCCUGGGCUCUCUCGGGGGACGGUAAACCUCUCAACCAAAUUACCUCUAGCGCACCAGACCUUGUGGCACGUUACACAGAUAUAGAUGCUAGAGAGAGGAGGGGGGGUGGGUGUGUGCCCGUGUGUGUGUGUAGUCUGCCGUGAGUAGGAAUGCACACUUACUGUAACUCUCAGAAAUAAUUUACUCCAGUCACUGCAGAGAGAGACAGAGAGAGAAAUAUUGACAACAAUGUCUGCUAUAAAAUGGCCUCAUGGAUUUUCCUUAAUCUCAUUUCCCGCAAUGGCCGUCCAGCUCUCGUUACCUUAACUCCUUUCAGAGUGGUGGGUGGAGGCUCUCAGACUGCCACAGUGUAAGGGAGGGAGAUGUGGGGUGUGAGAGUGAGCACAGGGGGAUGGGGUACAUGGGACCAGGGCACAGACAGAUAAUGAAACUCAGACUGGUCUUAAUGAGAACAUGUGGCACAGAAAGGAUGGAUGAGAGGAGCUCAGGGGAGAGCUGAGUGCAGGUACUAUACAAGUCAACACAUCCAGGUACAGAAACAAAGAAAGUUAUAGUUGAAGAAUAACUUUUUUUAUUGUUGACAAAAUCUGAAAAACAAAAGCCUCCAGCACAUUGGUAUUCUUGAAUAGUCCACAGACCAUUUUAAUGGAUCUCAUUUAAGCAAUGUUUCGAUCAAUAGACCUUCAUCCCAGUUUGUUCAGUUGUUGACAAAAUAUAUAAAUGAGAAUGGCAAAGAGCGCGCUGACGACAAUCCUUUAUCUACUUCAAGUUCAGGAGAGAGUAUGCCCUCUGUCAGUCGCCCUCUGCUAGCAACUGAUGUGGACAUAUGGAUAAUUGAAAGUCACAGUCCACAUUGUCCAGUGAAGGGUGCAAUUUUGUGGUGGAAGGGAGGCAUUUUCAUCGUCCCAACAGAUUGAGCAAAGCUGUGGAUGCACUAUUUUUCUCCCAACUAAACCAGGGCAUGGAUAAAGUGAAAUGUGUAAUUGUUUAUUAACUAUUUGUAACUAUUUAAUAAUAUUUAGAUUUAAUAAACCAAUAUGUAUGUUCCGGUUAUAAGAGUAAAUGUUAGCGUAUUCAGUCUUUUCAGUAGAGCAUUUGUUUUCAAUAUACAAUGUGAUCAACAGGACUUUGAAGAGAGCAAUAUACCGUACAUCUAUUUGCUUGUGUAGCAGGAGCCUCGGUCUAUGUCCCAAAUGGCAUCCUAUUCCCUGUAUAGUGCACUACUUUUGACCAGAGCCCAUAGCGCUCUGGUCAAAAGAAGUGCACUAUGUAGAAAAUAGGGUACCACUUGGGACACAGCCUCUGGCUUUUCACAAGGGAGUAUGCCAGGAAUGAGGAUUUGUAGCAAGACACUUUUUCAGCGGUGAGGAAGUGAGAUUUUAUUGUGUAGGAGGCGGAGAGAUUUGAAAGAUUUAUUUCCAACUUUAUGUCCAACUGAUGUCUGCCAGCAUAUUAAACAACAAGAAAAUAAUUGACAGUUGUGUAAGCGAUAGCUAAAUCAUACGUUAUAGGAUGCUCUUUUGUAUUUUUACAUUGAUUCCUCGAACAGUCAUUCAUUUUAUUGAAAAGCUCAUGAUUCUUUCACGGUUGUGGUUUUGUCAAUAUGUUUCAGGUUGUAAACCUUGUUUCUGUUUCUGAAAUUAAUUUCUCUAUAAAGGUGGCUGUGACAAAGGUGACUAGUAAUACAAGUGCUGAAAGAGUAUAUGAUUGAUUGAGUCAAUUAAAACAUGGGUUUGAAAUCAGUAUGCUCAACCCUUUCCCCUGCUACUUAUUGUGGAUAAUUUCUCUUGAAGUAGCCUAAUAUUUUGCCCUCUAAAAUGGCUGCGGGUAACCUUCUGGUUUGCAUGAAUUACCUUUAUACCAUAACCUACCAUCAAAUAAUCAUUAGCGACAGUAGAGCUACACUUAUUAAUAUUUCCUUUCAGUCAGAGAGUGUCAGGUGUUUGGCUGUUUUUAUCACCCGCAUUGGUAUUUAAUUUCUACUGUUCUGGGAGUCGGUAAUUAAAUGUGUUAUUGGCCCCUGGGGCCAUCUUGAAUUUCCCUGAUAACAAAUCACUGCUCUCUAUUGAGAUUGUGAUUAGGAAUACUGGGAAUAUGCUUGACCUACUGUCGCUUCAUGUAAUGUGGCAUUUCAUACGCUUCAAGGCUCUGUUUGCUGCAGUUCGGCCAGGUGUUUAGUAAGGUGUGUAAGUAGUGAAUAAUAAUUCCCUCCUUCCACUUAUGCAGCCUUAUCAAAAGUGACAGGCGAGUGGUAAUUGAGUUGUCAAUUAUCCGUAAAAGUAGGUUCUGGUUACCGUGGAAACUUCCCAGGCCCCUCCGGCAGGACAUAGUAGCUACGCAGUACCAUUCAGUCAUUUUUGCCGUCUGAAUUUUGAUGGACUUUUGCACUAUGGUUCCCCUCAGUGUUGCCUUUGCUGGGGUUUUGUUAACUGCAUUGUCUGUACAGUAUUCCUAUUCUGGUUAAUUUCUCAGUGUAGUACAAGACACAUGUUUUGUCAUAGCUUAGCCAAUUCACUGCUAUACGUUACCUGUAUCCUCUGACUAAGGGAAGACCAAGCCUUGAGUGCAGCAUCAAACGUAGAUCAGGUAAUAGGCAGUAACAGAGAAGGUGAACUCCCUCAGUGCGCCUCCGUCCUUGGUUAGAUCACACUUCCACACGGUCAGGUACAGUGAGGCUAGGCUAGCCCGGAGAGACACAGAGAUGGGGGAGCUGUCCGCCCCCAUGUCCCCCUCCCUCUCCACACCCCUCCCCAUCAGGGGCCUUGUGACACUAUUGACUGAAUCAUUGAUGACUGUGCUGAGGAGGUGUAAUCCUGCACCCCUACGAUAACAUCAGCCCCCCCUUCUCUUCUCCUGACACUCAACCACUCCCAUCCCCCUGUGUGGACAGCCUAUACCCUGGAGAGGAGCGAUAUGGCUUCAGAGAGAAAUACAUUUAUAUUAUGGGCUUUAUGGUGAGAGAGACGCCAUCUGGCAUGUAAAGUCCACUGUAAAGGACAACCUGGACUGAGUCAGCUACAGGGGAAGAAUUCUCAUCUACAUAUAAACUGUAGGUCAUAAUGGCAAGUUAAGCGGUAUUCAAGAAAAUACUUGGUUUAGAACAACCUGUAGUAGGUAUAUUUUGCUCCAUUAAUUCACAGUAAUGUACAUGAUAUGAAUAUGAUAUGCAUAUUCAACUACAAAUAAGCAAAACAUGUGAUUUAAACCUUUUCAUUUAAUUGCUGUCACUUACCUUUAAUUCUCAAUUUUAAGUCUUUGCAUAAAUGUGUAAGCAAUAAACAAUAAUAUAUUUUAUAUAAAAAUGUGAUUAUACCUAACAAACAAAUGUAAAACUAUUUAGCAUCAAAUGUGCAUCAACUGUGCAAAAAAGUAUUAAAUAAAAUCGAUUAGUCUCAACAUGCUGUUUAUAUACUGUACUACGUUCCCAUUUAAUCCAGUUUAAACAGCUCUAUCAUUAUUUCUAUAUUUCAUAAAUUAACUCACGAUGGAGAACAAGAGAGCACAUCGAGUCUAAUCCUUUUCCACAUCCCCAUCGAUCGCGACCGCUCUUGACCAAAUCGACUUGGACCAAGUUAUAAAAUAUGGAGCAUUCCACCGAGAUGACCUCAAAGGUUCAGAAUUUCCCAAAAAUAGUCCAACUAGACUAUCUGCUGUGAAAGAGAGUAUUGAUGCCAUAUCCCUCCAGGUCCCUGCUAGCACACAAUAUGCUGUACAAUACUACAGAACCAGACAAGAUGUAAUGAGAGCAUUACAUGGUCACCAUUUAUGAAAAUAAAAUAAAAUAUAUACUGUCGAAAUUGAGUGUAUUCAUUUGAAACAAUUAAAAAAAAAACGUUUUUCUCCAGUUGCUGCAGAUAUACAGCACUGCACGAUGGGUUGAGAAAUUUCAACUCAAUUGAAAUUGCACAUACUCACACACACAGACACACACACACGUUUUGUUCUUCUAUCCUCAUGGGGAUGUAACAUUGAUUUCCUUUUAUAAUCCUAUUUUCCCUUAACCCUUACCCUUACCCUAACCCUAAUUGUAAACCUAACCCUAAACUAAACCCCUAAACUUAAAAUAGCCUUUGUCCUCAUGGGGGAGAAUAUUCCUCAUUUUACUAUCCUUGAGGGGACUUAAUGGGAUUUUAGGUCCCUACAAGGUUAGAAGAACCAACCCCCCCCCCCACACACACACACACACACACGCAUCAAAAUACUAACCAAUUACUUGUACAAAAAGCCAUUGGAAAUCAAUAUCAUUUAAUUCAUUGGAAUAUUGCCAUUAUAGCCUAUCAUUGUUUAGCUGGUCUGUAGGAUAGAGUCACAGUGUCCCCUUAAGCUCAGUCUAAAUGGGGCUGAGAUUACGGAAAGAGAAACAAGAGGGAGGAUUCAUUUGGCACUCUAGGGAGAUAAAGUGAUCAUCUAAAUGUGAUUUAUUUCACAUCUCCAGUUUACAUCCAUGUUCCCUUAAACUAGUUCCAAUUUGCACUAAUUUGCACAUAUAAAGUGCCUUCAGAAAGUAUUAAGACGCCUUGACUUUUUUCACAUUUUGUUACGGUACAGCCUUAUUCUAAAAUGUAUUAAAUUGUGUUUUUUUUCUCAUCAAUCUACAUUUUACAUUUUAGUCAUUUAGCAGACGCUCUUAUCCAGAGUGACUUACAGGAGCAAUUAGGGUUAAGUGCCUUGCUUAAGGGCACAUCGACAGAUUUUUCACCUAGUCGGCUCGGGGAUUAGAACCAGCAACCUUUCGGUUACUGACACAACGCUCUUACCCACUAAGCUACCUGCCGCCCCACAAUCUACACACAAUACCCCAAAAUGACGAAGCAACAAUGGGUUUUUAGACAUUUUUGCUAAUUUAUUACAAAUAAAAAACGGAAAUAUCACAUUUACAUAAGUAUUCAGACCCUUUACUCAGUAAUGUGUUAAAGCACCUUUAGCAGCGAUUACAGCAUUGAGUCUUCUUGGGUAUGACGCUACAAGCUUGGCACACCUGUAUUUGGGGAGUUUCUCCCAUUCUUCCCUGCAGAUCCUCUCAAGCUCUGUCAGGUUGGAUGGGGAGCGAUGCUGCACAGCUAUUUUCAGGUCUCUCCAGAGAUGUUCGAUCGGGUUCAAGUCCGGGCUCUGGCUGGACCACUCAAGGACAUUCAGAGACUUGUCCCGAAGCCACUCCUGCGUUGUCUUGGCUGUGUGCUUAGGGUUGUUGUCCUGUUGGAAUGUGACCCUUUGCCCCAGUCUGAGUUCCUGAGCGCUCUGGAGCAGGUUUUCAUCAAGGAUCUCUCUGUACUUUGCUCCGUUCAUCUUUCCCUCGAUCCUGACUAGUCUCCCAGUCCCUGCCGCUAAAAAACAUCCCCACAGCAUGAUGCUGCCACCACCAUGCUUCUCCGUAGCGAUGGUGCCAGGUUUCUUCCAGACGUGACGCUUGGCAUUCAGGUCAAAGAGUUCAAUUUUGGUUUCAUCAGACCAGAGCAUCCUGUUUCUCAUGGUCUGAGAGUCUUUAGGUGCCUUUGGCAAACUCCAAGAGGGCUGUCAUGUGCCUUUUACUGAGGAGUGGCUUCCAUAUGGCUCUUUACUAUAAAGGAUUGAUUGGUGGAGCGCUGUAGAGAUGGUUGUCCUUCUGGAAGGUUCUCCCAUCUCCACAGAGGAACUCUAGAGCUCUGUCAGAGUGACCAUCAGGUUCUUGGUCACCUCCCUGACCAAGGCCCUUCUCCCCCGAUUGCUCAGUUUGUCCGGGCGGCCAGCUCUAGGAAGAGUCUUGGUGGUUCCAAACUUCUUCCAUUUAAGAAUGAUGGAGGCCACUGUGUUCUUGGGGACCUUCAAUGCUGCAGACCAUUUUUGGUACCCUUCCCCAGAUCUGUGCCUCGACACAAUCCUGUCUCGGAGCUCUACGGACAAUUCCUUCGUCCUCAUAGCUUGGUUUUUGCUCUGACAUGUACUGUCAACUGUGGCACCUUAUAUAGACAGGUGUGUGCCUUUCCAAAUCAUGUCAAAUCAAUUGAAUUUACCACAGAUGGACUCCAAUCAAUUUAUAGAAACAUCUUGAGGAUGAUCAAUGGAAACAGGAUGCACCUGAGCUCAAUUUUGAGUCUCAUAGCAAAGAGGCUGAAUACUUAGGUAAAUAAGGUAUUUCUGUUUUGAAUGUUUAAUAAAUGUGCAAGCAUUUCUACAAACCUGUUUUCGCUUUGGGGUAUUGUGUGUAGAUUGCUGAGGAUUCGUUUUUAUUUAAUCAAUUUUAGAAUAAGGCUGUAACGUAACAAAAAAAGUAAAGGGGUCUGAAUACCUUCCAAAGGCACUGUAAAUGCAUCUACAAUUAGCAGCACCAUUUUGAACUAUUUCUAUACAUUCUCUGUGUUUCGCAGAGGGUGGCUCACACACAAGCAAGCCUUUGCAGCUUUUCAAACUUGAUCGAUUUAAAUUCAAUGCAUUGAGAUUCGAUGUCAAGUCAACCAAAAUGAAUGUGCUUUUAUGUCCUUGGAAGUGUUUCUUUAGCCUAAGGAACACCAUAUGGUGAACAUACAUGUAUUAGCUAGUGUUCUUUCAGCCUACUAAAGCCUCACUUCACAUUGCAUGAUUUGUAUUACACUAGUGCAGCAGUCAUCACAAAUGUUAUAUAACAUAUUGAGCCUUAUAAGGAAGGAGACAUGUAGAUACCUGGUAGGUCUAUAGGUAUCUUUCAGGUGGCCUUGGUUAGUUUCCUGCUUUCAGUGACUAUUGAUCCUUUGACACUAGUCCAUGGAUGUUCUGAACACAAUGUUCAAGUGGCCAUUGUCAUUGCCCAAGGCUGGGAUUAUGAAACCAACGACUAGGAUUGCUAUCCAUCUUAUCAUGAAUACAUUUUUUCUUGGAGAUUCAAAAGAAAACUGGUUACAAAGGGCUGUCAUCCCAAGUAAAAGGAAUAUGGCUUCCAGAAAUAUGGUUUCCACCGUAGAUGUAAAUACAAUGCAAUAGUGUAUCUACAUGUAUCUCUAUGGCUUUCACACUGCGUUUGCAGGAAGGCUUGUUAGCUCGAAGCCUCCGGGACCCCAGGGCUCGGCCGGUGUGUUGAUCACUAGCACAGAGACUGAUUUCAAGCUUUUCAACUUAUUGUCUGGCUCUCUGUUUCUUUGUUGGAUAAGUGGACUCAUGUAGUGAGCCAGUGUCUUCAUGCUAAAUGCUAUUUUCACCUCGUUACUGUAGCUCUGUCCCUGUUACUCAGUGUAACGGUAGAUAGCACAAAAUCUCGCAUCGGAGUCUCACACUUAAACAGGUGGUAACAUGGAUGUUUGUAUGAAAUAAUGGAUCAUGUGAUACUAUGGUUUGGCCUUGGGCAAGGAGUUUGAGAUCAGUGCUUCCUGAAUGACACAGCUGUGCAGCGGAGUGUUUACGAGGUGUGAAACUGUUGUUUGAUAAACAUGUUCUGAGUGUCGUCUGUGAUUUAGUAGAGGAGUAGCUUUAUACUCAAGCCAUCUGGGUAGUCUGAGUAGUAGAACAGAGAAGACGUGAGGUAGAAAUUGCAUUUCUAUUGUUGUACUGAGUAAGAAAUGGAGUAACCAUAUAUUACGUUAGGCCUGUAUUGUAUACCCUCUCCUUGUAUUUUUUAAUCAGAUAUACUUUUUUUAUGUUAAAGGAACAUUGUGGGAUGUCGCAUGCAUCUCCAACUAAUGAUGUAAUGAGAUUAUGCCAAGCAAAUAAUCAUUUUCAUAACUUAAAAAUGAUUGGGAUUAAUUGGGUAAAACACUGAAGGAAGACUAAAGCUCAUAUACCUCACACUAAAAGUUCCACAAGGUGACUCUCACAGCGGCGUGAAAUCCUUCUGACGGUUAUGUUCAUCUACAGUGGGCGUACAGAGCACGGGAAGGAAAGUAAGUGCAGUGUACAGCAAUCUGGCAAUUGUAUUGCAUUAUCGAGAUGGAGAAAUUAAAAAUAGAUAUGAGCGCAGCAGAAAAUAUCCUCCCUAAACGAGCAUUAAAGUUGUCCUUGGAGGGGAAUGUGGCAUAAAUGGAGUGUUUUGUUACAGCACGUUUGCCGUUAAGUAGAUCCGAGCACGGGGAACCGGGUGGUAAUUAGGUUGGAGGAUUAAUAUGUGAAAAUGUAGUUGGUUUUGUAUCCUUCCCCUAUGAACGGAAACCAAAGAAAAGAAUGGAUCGCAAAAUAAUGUUUGAAUAUGAAUAAAAAAAUCUAAGGAAUCCCUCGCUCCCCAAUGCAAUUAAUUCCCAUUCACAUGAAUUAUUCUUAACAGAUGACAGUAAUGACAUUGAGUCUAAGACUAUUGAAGAGUGCCCUGCUUAGGAUCUCAGUGGAGGCAGAAAGAGGGUUACUUUCAAACCCUGGGAAAGUGCAGCUGAACCAAAGCGUUUUUGAGACCUGCUCAAAUGUGAAUUUUCUUGUUUUCGUUGUGAGAUUUUUUUAUUGGAUCUUUGUAUGAAAAUGAUUUAUGUUUGAUGGUAGACUUUCUAUUGUAUAUUCAUUCAUCUACUACUGGAAAGGUGUGAUUGAUACAGAACACCAAUAUUAAAUGCAAAACAGCAUGCAAUAUAAUAUAGUUGUUUGAUUGCCACAUUCUUCUGUUCAGUUGAAUGUGUUAAAUGCCUUCUCUAUGUAGUUGAUAUAUUUCUGUAUGUAGUGGAGACGUUCAUUAAGACCUUGGCCUUCCUUAUCCUUUCAGAAACUCCACUCUCGGAUCAUGGAUUUGUCUGCCGCUGAUCUCCUCCUGGAGCCUGAGAGAAGCAAAAGCUUCCUGCUAUCCAGGAACACUGACUCUCCACCUCAUGUAAGACUGAUUGAAAACAAACCAAUGGCAUAUUCUUUUCGCCCCAGCCUUGCCCAUAUGUAUUGUCCAGGCAUCAUAACUGACGUAUAGCCCAGAGAAAUCAUUCGAGAGGAUUAAAAUACCAGCCCUAACUAUUUGGGGAUUUGAUCCGCUGUUCUCGGCAAGUCGAGUUGGCAGUAUCACUUUGCUCUAAAAGGUAUAAAUACUUGUCAUAUUACCAAAGGACCAUCGAUUGAGGCUCGUAUUCAGUAAAAAUGAGUCCGCGGGACAGUGUUGUACAUUAGUCAUCUUAUAUAUUAUGUAUUAAGGUCUUAAAAUGAAUUCACUCUGGUCUCAUGUCCUUUUACUCCUUGAGGACACAACCUGAUAAACCUUCAUUUAUAGUAUAGAAAUGUGGCAGAAAAGAAGGAAGUGAAUAAGUGAUGGUGUAAUAAUGUUGAAAUCUGAUAAUGUAUUCAUGUCUUUGCGACAAGAUAAUGAGUUUGGGAAAAGAAGACGCACAAAUGUGAUAUACUUGCAGUGCAGAUCGGGACAGAUUUCCUGGGCCAAUUAGUUUGCUUCCUAUUAUCUCUCUGACUGAACAGUUGAUUAGAAUUCUGAAUCGACAUUUGUUUGGACAGAAUUGUGGAAUAGGACUGAUGCAGAAAACAUCUGUUGGGGAGAUUGCUUCUGAAAGUAUGAUGGAUCAUGUGUAUCUCACUGGCUAAUUAUAGAGUCGAAGCAGUAGCUAUCGUAACACUUUACAGGAAUACUGAAAACCCCAGAAAGUGAAAGUACGCACAUAAAAUAUCAGCCACCGGUAAAGCAGUCAACAGAGAUGCAAAAAAGCGGUGUGUUUUUGGACAGCCUUGUAAAAUGCACCAGUGAUUCGAUAUUGCAUAGUCAUAGAUUCCCUGAUUAACAAGCUGAAAUAUGGUUUGUUAAUCAGAGUUUUUGUAGCGUUAUCCUGCAUCUCUCAUAAUUUUCUCUACCUUCUCAACCUUAAUCCCCUUUAUCCAGACUCAUGAAUGUAUGUGGCACUAAAUCAUGACUAAUGGUGUCUUUGAAAUCCGUCCUGCAGGAUGUCCAACUGAACGGAAAGGCGGGACUUCCUGUGGCCAAGUGUCUGAGCCAGCUGAGUCUGACGGUGCAAGCGCCAGUCUACCCACGCAGCAGCUGUAGCAGCAGCGAGCUGUCCCUGUCUAGUGCCUGCAGUGAAUACUCCAGUGGCUCCUACACCUGGAACGACGGACGCUCCUGUGGGAAAAUAGUACGAUGACCAGACCAACCUCCUCACUCUGUCUCUCUCUAUUUUUAUUUGUCUCUGUCUCUCUCAUUUAUAGACUUUAUCAAUGUGGGGUUUCAAUCAGCUUUAAAAAUCAAUAAAAAAUAGACGUAACACAUAGCUGAACUAAAAUGUCUCUUAUGAAGAAAUCUGUCUCACCAGAUUACACGUUUCACAAACCGAGACCGUGGAAAUGUGAUAUGCAAUAUUUUAACAUUAGCUAAACCUCAAUUCACUGGCAGAAACCAAUAAAAUGAAAUUAUAUAGAAUAAUAAUUAAUCAAAGCAUUAAAUAUUUAGCUUGAGCCAUACCCCAAAGUGCUUAGUAUCUCCAUUAGAACAUUUGAAAGGGAGUCAAACAAAUUGCAGACUGAGUAACAGCUUGACAAAGUAAUCAUCUGACUCCACAAUCAACUCUGUUGUAGAGAAUGAGAGUGGGCCACAAUCACAAAUCCUCUGAGAAGUACUACAUGUGCUUGAAUGCCCUUAUAUUCAUGCUGGGAUUGCUGUUGCACAGCUCAAUUUAGCUGACUUUUCGAAUGACGUGUCUAUGUAUUUUCGAAUGAUGUGUCUGUGUGUCUGUCUCUCAAUCACCCACUGUCCUCUCUGAGUUUUCUAAUAACUUCUGUCUCUCUGUAUUUCUCCUGCAGUCAUCUCUGACGUGGGAGAAGAGGUUGAGCCUGGGUUCCUCAGCCCCCGGAAACAUCUGCGCCCCCCUGGAGGAGCAGCUCCCAACAAGGAGGAAGGAGAGCCACAUCCUAGAAGGCCUGCGGAAGCUCCAGAGGAGAAAACCCAAAGGCUCCUCAUCCUCCGGGGUCUCCAAGUCGGGCGACAAGGACUGCAUGAACUCUAAUGAGGGUAUCUACUCUCUGGGGAUUAAGAGUGGGAGCAAGGGAAUCUCCAAGCCCACUUAUGUGGGAAGGACCACUGUCUCAGGGGUGGGGUGCAAAAGGUUUGUGUACGACUCUGACGAUGCGGAUGACGAGUCACUACAUUCGGCGUACUGCAGACGAGACAGCGUCCCCAGUAAGGACGGAGGCUGGAUGUACUUCAGGAAGCUGUCGCACAGCGUCUCGGACAGUCUGUGUAGCUGGGACGGGCUGCAGGACAGUGGCGUAGUAGAGGAUAUUAACUGCAGCAUGGGUACGAAGCACCCGUCCGGCUAUAACUCCAAGGAGCGGCCGGAAAAACUCAAGAGCUUCAUCAACAGUUUCCUCUCUGGGGGACGGACCUCGGCUGUUCUAAACCCCUCCCUGUUGCACUUUGACGUCAGCCCCACAGAGGCUGAAUGCCCCCUCCACCUCUCAGACACCGAUCCUGAGGAUCUGCACUCUGAGGUCAGUGACCACCGGCUGCCUGUUAGCCGGACAGCUGAGCAACUACAGAAGGACAUCAAGAGGCUCUCGAGGGAUGCUGACAAGCUGCUUCCCGUACAUUGCUUGAGGAGGGAACCUGGCCGAACCCAGUCUGCUGACGGAAGACCCAGGCCCUUCUGCCUAAUCAAGGAACACAAGGGGGCCAAAACCCAGUCUGAGGAGAGUAUCAUGUCUAUAUUCGAUGCAGACGGACAGCCCAUUGAACUCAGUGCUCAGCAGUCCUCCGUUGGUGCUGGGGCUCGGAAAGAGAUUCCUGGGAGGAAGGGGAAUGGGGUUGCUGAGUAUGCAGCACUGUCGCCUCAUGAUAGGCCCAUUCGUCAUAAAGUAGGCAACAAUGGAAGGAACUACACUGUACUAGAAUCUCCUGAAAAGUGUCAUAGUAAGGCUAGCAGCAGAGAAAGCAGCAAUAGCAGGGAGGGAAGCCCAGAGAGGCUACAAACGCACGUCAUUCCACUGCGGAAAUUGAUAAAGCCGCCUUCCAAUCGAUCCAACAAAGGCCAGUCUGUCCCUCCCAUGAACAAUGCUUCCCCCAGCCUCAAGGCCAUCAGCUCAAAGAUCCCCAGCAGCCAGGGGAAAGGAUCUCCAAUUAAGGUUUCUAAGGGCUCCACCACGGAAACCAGCAACAGUGGACCAACCUCAGGUUUCACAGCUCAGGAGUCAAAGUCCCCUUCUUCUCCUCCGGUCAAGAUGUCCAGGUUCAUCAAAGCUCCAGGCUGCACUACAAGCCCCAAGGCAGUGAGCAACAAGCUUCCAGGCAGGAAUGACUGGACAAAGGGCUCCUCAUCUAGUGUUCCAACCGGCUCCCCACACUUCCCAAGAAGGCAUUUGGACCACAUGGACUACAGGGAACAGCCUACCAGAGACAGACACUGUGAAGCCAGCAGCAAAACUGAACUCAGGUCCCCGUCUCCUCCCCUGCCCCCUGGCCGCACCACCUCCUUACUUAUCAGACCAAACUACGAUGGGUCACCUCAAGCACUUAAACCAGGGGCACAACCAUCCACGCCUACAACUGUGAGGGGGCCACCCCCGAGUUACCACCCCCCGCCUGUACCAAAUAUGCAACAUUCAUUACCACCACCACCCUACAAGGGCCAAGAUACCAUAGACCUGGACGCAGGCUACGGUACCGCAAUCGCACCUCAGAAACUGUUGGACAAAUCGAGCCAGCAGCACCCUGCUUCAAAUGAGACCCCCUCUAAAGGCACUUCGAAACGGGUCCCCACAAAACUCUACCUCCCCUCCUCAGCCUCAGGGCAUGUGCCUGAUCACCCUGUAAAUGCACCUAAAAGCUCAAAGAAUGUCCCUCCUCCCUCAUACAACUCUCAACGUGGCUCUUCGCUUCAAAGCACAUUUACUAGUAAGAAAGGUACCAAUGACAAUAGGCAUCCUAUGUUGUAUAAGACCUCUAGUAGUUUUCCUGUAACUCUGCAGGGCCACCCUCAGUCUCCAACAGAACCUCACGGUAGUAUGACUCCUCAAGCUGUAGCGAACCCACCUGUCUCUGGAACUAGCACUCAAAAUUCCACUGAAAAAGCGUCAAAGACACGCAUUUCUAUGGGCUUCAAAGCUUUUGUGAAAUCACCCCCCUCACUGCAGAAAGGCUCCACCACAAUACCAGGAAAGCAAGAGAAGGAACACAUCAACUCGGUCUCCAAAGAGACUGUGACUUCAAAUGCUUUCACCCCAUGUGACAGUUUUCAGGCAGUGUAUGUUGAUUCGUUAGCCAUGACUUCCAUCAUGGAGACUAAGGGUGAGGUCCAGUGCAUCCUUCAGGAAGAGGAGGCACACACCUCUGAGUUGGCAGAGCAAGGGGAGGUUGGUGACAAGUCGGACUGCGACAGUAGACUGUUCAAGAGGUCCAUAUCUGUCACGACCAAACCUCACCUAAAGCCCGCCCUGGGGAUGAACGGGGCGAAAGCGCGCAGCCAGAGUUUCAGCACCCACUACAUGGAAAAACCCAACAUCAACGUGUUGGACGGACAUGUGAAGAUUCGAACCCAGAUCAUCACCAACUCUGGAGAGAGGGGGAACUCAUUAACAAGGCAGAGCUCAUUUGUUGAGGGCCUACAGAUGAAACCCAGUAGCGGAUCUGGGGAAAGUCCGGUCCGUUGCCCUAGCCACAGGUUGAGCCACUACGGAGGUAUGACAGGCUCUAACAGCCACCAGGGCCUUCCGGAGAGAGCCUCCAAAUCGGGCUCCACCGGUGAUGGGCCACGGAACACUGCAAAGGGGGAGAGCAUCACAGCUCCACCUCAGAAAGAAGUGCGUAGCUUACCCCUUGCCGACCGGAUCGGCUUGAAGAACUCCCGAAAUCCCAAGAAGGUCGCAUCUCAUCCUCAGUUUGGGUCGCCGGCCUCUCCUGUCUAUAGCCCAGAGGCCACAACAAAGGGUGGGAAAGUGCUCAGCCCCGGCAAACUAGACCUCCCGAAGAGCGUCAAAGUCCAGGCAGGCUGUUCUCAAGGGGCGCUUGAUGAGGAAGAGCAACCAGUGAGCCCCACAGUCUGCACCAUCGAGGAGAAGGUCAUGAUGGGGAUCGAGGAGAAUAUCCAGAAAGGUCAGGGUCAAGAGAAGGUAACAGCAUCGGAGACCAAGCAGAAGACCGGCCCUUCUCUGGCCAACUGGUUCGGCCUACGUAAAAGCAAGCUGCCAGCCUUGAAUGGGAAGAAAUCAGACGCCACCUCCCCGAAAGAGAAAGAUGAGAAAAAAGAUCUGAAGAUCGGAUCCGUGCUGGGAGGCAAACAGAUGAAAUCGGACAAAAAGAAGGACAAGAAGAAAAAUGACAGCCAGUUCGAAAAGAGUCCAGAGCUGACGUUGUCGGAGAACAAGCUGAGCUCGAUCAUGGAUCAUUGCAAUAUUCAGAUGGGACAAAUAGCCAAUCAGAUCCAGUGUUCUACAACCUACACCGGGAAAGACCAGUUCAUGAAAGAGCUUCUUGGCAGGUUGGUAUUAACGGAGCAACAUUCGUAAAACCUGAUUUGUCAAAUACUUCAAGAACAUUUGCAUAAUUAGUCAUAGGUAAAAACCUAAAAAAAGUUACAGUGAAUUGAUCAGGAAAAAGAACACUCAUUAGAUAACUUGUCUCCUGCUGAUAUGAUUGCAGAUUGUAGUUUUAACAUUUCUCCCAGUGUUCAUGCUGCAGUAAAACACAAGUCUUGCUACAUUAUGCAUGCAUGUAAAGAGACAAAAGCACACACAGCUAAACAACAGCAACGCCAGCUGUCUCUUUGAGUUAUGUUCUACUUGAGUGAACAUAAGCACUUCCUAACCUGGAAUCUAGAGACACUGUCAGCCCUGAGCUAUCUCAGCUGGAAGAGUACAGCAUUCAUUACCCCUCCUCCCAUAAAUUGAUAUAAUACCUAAAAUCUCAGCUGACAGAUUUUAUCAAGAGUAGUUACAAACAUUUAUCACUCAAUAAGACUUGAGUCGGGAAGAGCAGUUAAAAAUAGGUUAUUUCAGAUCCUAUGGUAGGGGGAUAGCUAUACUGCACAAAAAUAUAAACGCAACAUGCAACAAUUUCAAUGAUUUUACUGAGUUACAUAAGGAAAUCAGUCAAUUUAAAUAAAUGAAUUAGGCCCUAAUCUAUGGAUUUCACGACUGGGCAGGGGCGCAGCCAUGGGUGAGCCUGGGAGGGCAUAGGCCCACCCACUUGGGAGCCAGGCCCAUCCACUGGGGAGCCAGGCCCAGCCAAUCAGAAUCAGUUUAUCUAAAACGACGUUGGAGGCGGCUUAUGGUAGAGAAAUGAACAUUCAAUUCUCUGGCAACAGCUCUGGUGGACAUUCCUGCAGUCAGCAUGUCAAUUGCAUGCUCCCUCAAAACUUGAGACAUCUGUGGCAUUGUGCUGUGUGACAAAACUACACAUUUUAGAGUGUCUUUUUAUUGUCCCCAGCACAAGGUGCACCUGUGUAAUGAUCAUGCUGUUUAAUCAGCUUCUUGAUAUGCCACACCUGUCAGGUGGAUGGAUUAUCUUUGUAAAGGAGAAAUGCUCACUAACAGGGAUGUCAACAAAUUUGUGCACAAUAUUUUUGUGCAUAUGGAAAAUGUCUGGGAUUUUUUAUUUCAGCUCAUGAAACUUGGGACCAACACUUUACAUGUUGCGUUUAUAUUUUUGUUCAGCGUAUAUGGAGGUCGUAUUGUGGGAGAACAAUGGAAUUUAUCAGCCGGGAUCUCUUUCCACCUGCACAGUUCAUAUGAAAUCGGUUAAGCAGACAGACAGAAAAUGAAUCAAAUCAUGUUUCCUAUACAGGAGUGUAAGGAAGGGCGACUCCAUCGCUGAAUCUCUCCCUGGCAUCUCCAUCCCCAAGAGAAACAGCGAUAUGAGGGGAGAUAUGGAGAUCUGCUCCGAUACAGCUGUGAGUGAGCAAGGGGUCCUGUAAUGAAACGUUGCUAGGCUUCUAGGAUAUAGCAUGUGUCUCUCACUCUACUGCGCCCUCUCUCUCUCUCUCUUUCUCUCUCUAUUAUCUGUCCAUCUUUCCUCAUAAUCUCACCAUUUUAUCACUAUUUCCUCUAACCUCAGUAUCCAUUUCCUCCAUACCAUCAUGCUAGUCAGUUGCUUAUUGGAUUGUAUGUAUACUCAAUAUAAUUUUCUGUUGCAAUAACAUUUUCCAUGUCGUGUGUCUAGUUUGUGUACAAACCUGCAAAUUCCGCCAACCUUCACACAGACACACACAUACAGACAGACUCAAAAUACAGACAGACACACAAAUGAGAGCACACUAAAGCACUUCAUCUUGGGAAAUACAAUAUGCUACCAAUGUUGAACCACAUACUAAGCUUUGGAUAGAAAAAAAAUGUUUCUUUAAGACUUAGAAUGCCACGGAAUUCUGACCUUGUAGAAGGUAUUCCUUGUUCUUUGUCAGGGACAGAAAGAGAGCAAGGAAGGGAGGGGGAGAGAAAGAAAAGAGAGAGAGAAAGAGAGAGAGUCCACAUGCAAUAUGCAGGAAAUUCAAUCCAGCUGAUGGGGAAUUUUGAUAGUGAAGAGGAGGCUCUUAUCGCAGACACUCAAUUCAAAAAAGGCCUGUUUAAUACUAUCCGUGCAGCUUCAUCUCUAUCUCCCCUCUACAGAAACACAACUAAAGAAAAUAAGUGUUUAUGACCUGCAAAUCCCCUUUAUACCUUCGGAUAACACUUUUUUGACAUCACACUCUGUUAGCCCACCUGCAUAUUAGAUCAAUUACCUUGUUUUAUCCCCUGACAGAACUACCUGUUAUGAAAGAGGCUCUGAAAAUGUAAUAGUAAUUUCUGUAAAUCCAAGGUAUUUGUCGAUUCUGUUUUGAGUAAUCUCUUAACUAAUUGAUGAAUCGCCUUCCACUCUUGUUUUGUUUGAGCGCUAAAGGGAUAAAUGGGUAUGCAGCGUGUGAUGGAAAUCUUGACAAAUACAGAAUAUAUAUAAAUCAUGUUCUAUCUGUAUUAUGCCAGCGAUUGCAUCUGUCUUAGCUGUGUUUGUCAUUUUGGAUGUCUGGCUUCGUAGAAGUAUAUAAGGUAUUAUCACGUUGUAGAAAAGUGUACUUUGCUUGUUUGGAGUUUAUGACUCAUACCAGACGUAUCCUUGAACUUUGUUCUGUUCUUAUCUGUGCAGAUGAUAUUCAAGGAAUGUUAAGGCCACAAUACAACAGAUUGAAUUCACACACAAGCAGCAAAGCAAUGAUGAAUUCAAUACUAUGCACAUUACAAAGAUGUAGGGGAAACAAUGGGUCUGUUGUAACAGCUUAAUAACUCAAAUUAGAAACCACUUAGAAAGCUGGUAUGCAAUGUCCUAAUGCUUGGUUAGUCAAUCAAUAAUUGUUUUUUUUUAUUGAGAUAAUUUUUUGUUUUGAUGCCCUAAAGUAAAUAUACUUGCCGCCUCUCUUUUUUUUUUUUAUUGACCUGUGGAACAUUCUCCAUGAAUCUAAACAUAUAGUAUUUUCAUCAGUAAGAUGGGGUCUUUUGAUUGGUGUAGUUGAUGACAAUAAUUAUUGUUGUAUUUUCUCACAAGAUUCAGAUUAGUAUAGGCUCCUAUGUGGGGGGGUUAGUUGUAACGCAGUACCUUAUAAGGUAUUUACAUAUUCACAUAAUUAUAUAAAAUGUCACUUCUUUACAUCAAGUUUAGCAGUACAACUAAGAUAAUACAAACAAAUACAAUUGUAACAUUUCACUCCUGCCACUUUUGGUUGAAUUGUAAACGACUGGUAUGUUCUAGAAACGUAGUUACAGUGUUUAAUGGUAGCUGAGAUAUGUAUGUUUGUAUAACAAUAUUAUUUUCGUAGUAAACAUUUUUCACACAAAUGAUGUACCAUCUGUUGAUGAUAUUGUGAGGCACAUUUGAUAACACUUUAUUUCAAUGUUCUGUCAUUAUGCCUAAACACAGUUAUCAUAAACAUGAUUUAGAACUUGAUAUUAUAUGUUGGGUGAACUCAAGUUUAGUUAAAUGCGUACCGACUUAAUCCUUCAUUUUUUCCACCAGACCAUCAUUGUGACACAGAAGAUCAGCCUGCAAGGAGAGAAUGAGGAGGACCCCACCCCCGAGACAUCAUGUCAGGAUCAUAUGAUAGGUAAGGGUGUUUACUGUAGCAGUGAGCCUACUGUACUUUGAGCUAUUGUCUGAAAACAAUUAGUGCUAAUAAGCAACAUUAAAAUACAUUUUUCAACAUAGGCAUUUUCAGUAGUCACCAGCAAUACAUCUCCAACUGUUGCUCUCUGUGUAAAGUAUUUCUGUAAUAGAUUAUACAAACGGUCUCUUGUUUUAGGUUUCUGUAGCGUACAGAAAUAACUGUUGCCAUCCAUCACCUAAUGGCAAAUGCAUGUGGGACUUGCAUAUGGAACACUUUCUCAUACCAGUGAAAAACUGUAAGCUUAUAGCCUAUAUAAUAUUUCCUGCAUCUUUGCAGGACUGAUUCGUCUUGUCACUGGAGAGUGAAUCUUUAUUAUCACGCCACUCUCCCACUACAUAUUGAGGUCAUCAACAAAAUGGUUACUGUCUCCAGCGUUCAAAAAUCCUUUUAGCGUUGCUAGCGCACAUUGUUAUUUACGUGGCAAAGACAUGGAGGGUUGUCACGGCAGCUGCUGUUCUGAGAGCAUACAAUGUGUGAUAGGAAAAUUAUAUGCAACAACACCCACUUACUAUUUCAAUGACAAGGCGAUCUUUACUCGCUGGGCAGUUUGUCAUUCAUUGGCAGGUGGAAGGCAUUCUUAGGGAGCGGGACAAGGACAGGGUAAUCAAUGUUUAUUAGAGCUGUAUAACGCUAGGUGCCUAUCACUCUGUUGGAAUGUUUUAGGCAGUUAAUGUGCCACUCAAUAGUCUAUCUUUGUGAUGAUGACUGUUGUCCUUUCAUAAAUGGGGUCUUCUCUCACUUAGUCUGAUGUUGCUUUGGCAUUACAGGAGAGCAGUAAAACAGUCAUUUACAACAUGUGCAAAAGGUGUUUGUGAUGCCUUGACUUGAACUAUAGUGGUCUUUUAUUUAUAUUUGAAGUGUGUCCUUAUUUUCGCAUAAGAUUAUGACCUCCAUUGCUUAAUUUUGAUUGAUUUAUUUAUUUCCAUGCACAUAAUAGGUCUGUGUAGAUAAUAUGGCUGCUGGUACGCAGUAUUUCAGUAACUAAUUUAUGUUGACUAUCAUAAUGACUAUCUAAAUCAAGGAUAGCCUAUCUAUCAAAAGGAUGGACAUUAUGGACCUAGAUUUUCAGGUUAUUUUGGACAUAAUUUACAUCCAACAUGGAAACCAUAGGCCUACAUACCGUUACUUAUAAAAGCUGCUCUCUUUGGCGUUAAGUCAUUUUUAUAUGCUAGCCUCUGUAUUGAUGGGGUCUACCACACAAAUAUUGUGAGAAAUUGUUUUGACAUGGGCAAAUUUCCAGGAUGUAUGAACAUUUUCUUGAUUCAACUAAGCCCCCUAAUGUGGAACAGAGCCCAAAAUAAGAUUAUUAAUCGUUUCUGUAUUCUAAUUAACUGAAUGGCAUAUUUAAUUCUACCAGCUAAGCACAUCUAUCCAACCUCCCCUCAGUAUGAAUUAAAGGUCUCAUAAAGAUUUAAGCAGAGUCCACUUAUAGCUCCUGAAGUCCUGUCUAGCAUAUCAUUUUACACUGGGCUUUUAUGGGUAAAAUAUAUAAGUCACAAGUUUGACUGAAUACAAUUAGUUAUUUUCUCUGAACACAAGAAACUAGAAACAAAAUUGUAUUUUAUUUUGACAUAAUGUGAUAUAGUAGCAGGGAUUAAAACUAGAAACUAGAAAAGGAUGCAGAUGGACUCAUGAGUCUAUGAGGUGUGGCUUUGUCUUGGUUCAAAUCAAAUCAAAUUGUAUUUGUCACAUGCGCCGAAUACAACAGGGGUAGACCUUAUUGUGAAAUGCUUCCUUACCGUAACCAACAAUGCAGUUUUAAGAAUUAAGAAAUAAUAUUUACUUAAUAAACUAAAGUAAAAAAAUACAAGAGCAACAAUAAAAUAACAACAACGAGGAUAUAUACAGGGGGUACAGGUACCGAUUCUAUGUGCGGGGGUACAGGUUAAUCGAGGUAAUUGAGGUAAUAUCUACAUGUAGGAAGGGGUAAAGUGACUAUGCAUAGAUAAUAGAUAAUAAACAGCUCAUGUUUUGACCUUGGACUUGCUGAAUUUAACGGUUUGAGGUCUUGGUCAUGUGACGAUAGCCAUGGUCUCUGGUUGUAAUUCCCAUGCAGUUAUGAUGGUGGUUAAUGUCUGGGUUUUACAUGAGUCCUCAUCAUAACAUGUCAUUACGUCUGCAGAGCUUGCUCUCUAUCACCUGGUGUUUAAUUAAUAUAGAAGUGAUUGGGAUCACAGGAAACACAAUUUCAGCCCCUCUCUGAUACUUUUUCCUUUGCUUUUAGAUAGUAUUACCCUAGGUUAUUAAAAACAUACCCUACGAGGUCCGGAGUACUGCUGGUUUUCUGUUCUACCUGAUAAUUAAUAUGCACCCACCUGGUGUACCAGGUCUAAACCAGUCCCUGAAUAGAAGGGAAUAAUGAGGGAAAAAAAGCAGUGGAACUGGCUUCUGGUACAUAUUUCAAUUUGGUGGCCUUAGACCUUGUUAUUGUGUGAGUGUAACGGGCAUAUUGAAAACAACUGCCAAAUCAACUCCUUUGAUUAUUAAGCUUUGUGCGGUAUGGAUGUCUCCCUCUUUUAUUUCGCUUUCUCUCUUUUAUUUCUCUUUCUCUAUUUCUCUUCUUCUUUAUCUUCUCUCUCUUCUUCCUUGUCAAUAUGAACAUGAAUGUGAGACGUUCUGAACAGGUCGACAUUUGAUGCAUCAUGCAGAACUCUGUAGUAAUUGAUCAGCUGCUUGCCACAACCGCCCCGUGAUGACUCAUUGCAGAUUAAUCUGAGCAACCUAACAGGCCAUCUGUCCAUCGAGGUGGUUUAUGACCACCUCAGCUACAACUCAUUCUCACACAUUACUGCAGAGUAGGAGGUGCAAGAGAGGCAGAAGAGGACAUGUAUGCCUACAAUAUGACUAACUGUGUACUAAUACCAUUAUUAAGUUGGCUGUAUUUACUCCCAGUCAUCCAGUGGGACGUUUCUGAUGCAUAAUUUAAUUAAUUAGUGUUUUGAUGCACUGUUGAUUUAAUGGAAUGUCUGUGGUUGCAAAUUUAGAGGGGACUGUAAAUAUUGCUUUAUUAGGUUAAUAAUGUAUUUUACAACGGCAGUGCAUUGCCUCUGAUAAAGAGCUUUGGUUUUAAUUAUGAGGGUUUGAUGCAGCAAGUAAGAGAUGAUGUUGAGUGAGCACUAUGUUUAUAUGGGCAUUUGUACCAAAGCAUAUCCAUGGACGUUAUGAGGGCUACAGUGCCUUGCAAAAGUAUUCACCCGCCUUGGCGUUUUUCCUAUUUUGUUGCAUUACAACCUGUCAUUUAAAUUGAUUUUUAUUUGGAUUUCAUGUAAUGGACAUACACAAAAUAGUCCAACUUGGUGAAGUGAAAUGAAAAAAAUAACUUGUUUCAAAAAAUUCUAAACAAUAAAUAAUGGAAAAGUGGUGCGUGCAUAUGUAUUCACCCCCUUUGCUAUGAAGCCCCUAAAUAAGAUCUGGUGCAACCAAUUAGUUAAAUUAAGUCCACCUGUGUGCAAUGUAAGUGUCACAUGAUUUGUCACAUGAUCUCAGUAUAUAUACACCUGUUCUGAAAGGCCCCAGAGUCUGCAACACCACUAAGCAAGGGGCACCACCAAGCAAGCGGCACCAUGAAGACCAAGGAGCUCUCCAAACAGGUCAGCGACUAAGUUGUGGAGAAGUACAGAUCAGGGUUGGGUUAUAAAAAAAUAUCCGAAACUUUGAACAUCGCACGGAGCACCAUUAAAUCCAUUAUUUUAAAAAUGUAAAGAAUAUGGCACCACAACAAACCUGCCAAGAGAGGGCCGCCCACCAAAACUCACGGACCAGGCAAGGAGGACAUAAAUCAGAGAGGCAACAAAGAGACCAACAAUAACCCUGAAGGAGCUGCAAAGCUCCACAGUGGAGAUUGGAGUAUCUGUCCAUAGGACCACUUUAAGCCAUACAGUCCACAGAGCUGGGCUUUACGGAAGAGUGGCCUAAAAAAAGCCAUUGCUUAAAGAAAGAAAUAAGCAAACACGUUUGGUGUUCGCCAAAAGGCAUGUGGGAGACUCCCCAAACAUAUGGAAGAAGGUACUUUGGUCAGAUGAGACUAAAAUUGAGCUUUUUGGCCAUCAAGGAAAACGCUAUGUCUGGCGCAAACCCAACACCUCUCAUCACCCCGAGAACACCACCCCCACAGUGAAGCAUGGUGGUGGCAGCAUCAUGCUGUGGGGAUGUUUUUCAUCGGCAGGGUCUGGAAACUGGUCAGAAUUGAAGGAAUGAUGGAUGGAUGUUUCAGUUUUCCAGAGAUUUGAGACUGGGACGGAGGUUCACCUUCCAGCAGGACAAUGACCCUAAGCAUACUGCUAAAGCAACACUUCAGUGGUUUAAGGGUAAACAUUUAAAUGUCUUGGAAUGUUUCCCCUCAAUACAAUUGAGAAUCUGUGGUUUGACUUAAAGAUUGCUGUACACCAGCGGAACCCAUCCAACUUGAAGGACUGGAGCAGUUUUGCCUUGAAGAAUGGGCAAAAAUCCCAGUGGCUAGAUGUGCCAAGCUUAUAGAGACAUACCCCAAGAGACUUGUAGCUUUAAUUGCUGAAAAAGGUGGCUCUAUAAAGUAUUGACUUUGGGGGGGGGGUGAAUAGUUAUGCACGCUCAAGUUCUGUUUUAUUCUUAUUUCUUGUUUGUUUCACAAUAAAAAAAUAUUUUGCAUCUUCAAAGUGGUAGGCAUGUUGUGUAAAUCAAAUGAUACAACCCCCCCCCAAAAUCAAUUUUAAUUCCAGGUUGUAAGGCAACAAAUUAGGAAAAAUGCCAAGGGGGGUGAAUACUUUUGCAAGCCAAGAACUCCUUCAGGGGAAAUAGUUAAUUCAUUCAUUCAUUCAUUCAUCCAUACAUCUGUUUAUUCAUUCAGUUCUAGUAGUUUGGGCUGAACGUCCAGAGACUGUAUGAAAACAAUGGAGGGAUGUGUUAGGGCAUAUAGAAGAAGUGGAUGUUUAUGGUCUGGGCGUUACAAGACAAAGCUCCAAGGAAUAGGUCCUGUGCUUGACCAUGAAAGGCAAGAACAAAAUCAGAACUUACCGAUUGUUCUAUGGGGAAAGUUAUCUUCCAAAACAACUGCCUACUCAAAGGAUAUAUAAUUUCCAAGGUUUUUCCAUCCUCAACUAGUCUAUAAUGUUUAUAACGCUAGAUUUAUAUUUUCUACUUUUGCAGUACAGCAACAAACUGUGGAACCUAGAAUGAGAACAGAACAAUGUCAAAGUUAGUCAUAUCAGUCAUAUGACCUUUCCCCCUCUUUUGUCUUUAAACUUAAUCAAAUUUAGAACUAGUUCAACAUUCUCUUUAUUUUUUUUACCCAAAUUGUUGCAAUUAAGUAAUGAGCACAGAAUGAUUAGCCAACAUCAUUCACAGUUACAUGGAAUUGGAUCAUGCCAAACAGCCAUCCAUCUGUCUCGCUCUGAGACGUAGGCUUUGCAAAACGGGGUAUUUUAAAUGCUGUCCAUCUGUUGCGACAAUGUUCUUAGAUCACUGCGCAGUGUGGAACAUAUCAAGUUCGGCGAAUGUGUGUAAAUCAACAUAAUGCUGAUAUAGGAGUUAGGGAGAAAAAUCACGCUGGACUCCAAAUGGGUGAAAUUAGAUUGGGAACGCAGAGAGACUUAGGAGUUACAUGCGGCCGUUCAUUUUAGAUCAUUUUCAAGAUUAGUCAAAUACCUUUAUUAAUAUUAUGAAGAAGUGCUAAAGAUUUGAUCAUAGAGGGCUGAUAACCACUUAUAGGAAUAAACCUGAUGAAUUACACACACAACAGAUCGUAUCACACAUAUUACUGGACAAAGUAAUACGAAAAGGCCAGACCUUUCUCCUGUAUUACAUUUCUACAGUUUCUCAUAAGGAUUUGACUUUGGAUUGUACCCAGGUCACCGUACGUGAAGUAAUGCUCCUGUUUCUCUUGUUUUUGCCUCCAUUCGUUCUCCUAUCUUAUUGAACCUACCCAAGAUGCCCUUUUUACCCAUAACCCCUUCCGUUGCUUGUGAAUCCAAUCCAGUGACUCCUCCUGCUUUUCCAUUGCUCCCCCCCACCCCAUCAUCACACGCUGCUUCUCCUGUCCCUCCCCCAGGCUCCAGCUGCCAGAUGAGAACCCUGGACAGCGGGAUUGGCACCUUCCCCCUCCCCGACUCCAUCACCCGGGUCAACGGGCGCCACAUUCCCAGAUCCGAGUCCAGCCCAGAACAGAUGAUGGCGAGCAUUCCCAGUCCCACUGAUCCUGACCAGGAUCCUGACCUGCUCUCGGCCUCUGCUGCUCAUUCCCCAUUCCAUGUGAAAGUGCCUUCCCUGUCUGAGACCCACCCGCAUGCACCACCCACCAGUGCCCUGGGCCACUCCCUGUCUGACCCUACAGUUACUGGACGAGGUUGUGGACAGGACGCCCUGAGCCGCCUCCCCAGACCAUCCACCUCAGGUAAGACUGGGGGUUCACCUCAUAUCAACAUCCGCGUUACGUCCCCAUUCUAUACCCUUCACCCAUUGUGUGCACUUCCACACUCUGCUUCAUGGAUUAAGAAGCAUUGGACUGCCAUAAGCAUUGGCUGGACAAUGUCCACACCAUUGUUCUAAUACCAGUCCAGUCCCAUCAUAUGAGGUGGUGUGUUCAAGUGCACACUUCAGGGAGAAAGGUUGAUGAUAGGGACACAACCACUGUUAAAGGCUCUGUGUUGUCUCUGUCUUAUGCCAGUGGUUUUAUGUUAGGUAAACCAAUGAUCCACAGCUGCAUAUAAAAGCUAGAAUAGCUGGGCUGGCUCAGAGGAUAUUUGGCCACUAUCAUGAAACCCAAUUUGGUGUUAACCCAUCUAUAAACUGUGUAUAAAAUGAGAGAGGAUAAAAUUCAGAUCUUCGCUGGCUCAAUUUGAUUGUGAAAUGAGGGUGGCAGUGUUUUACUUCAAUACACAUCAUUAUGAUCAUUGUUGAACCUUAAAUUGCUCUCAAGAAUUCAAUACAUGUUCCACCCUCUCAAUCUCAACAGAGGAUCCAUUCUCCACUUGAAGGUAUUCAGUGAAAGGAAAACCUUGUACCUUUGUUAAUCAGUCUCCUAUGCAUUUUGAAUGCUGUACUAGAUGGACAAGCCUAUCAGGCUUGAUUGGUAUUCUGAGUGAUAUUCUGUAGCUCUGCUUAACAAAGGACCCUGCGUCCCCCACCCACCUUCACAAAACCCUCCAGAUAAUACGGCCCACAGACCAUGUCCCAAGGAUAAGUCGCUAAUACAAUUAGACAUGCAAACUCACUAGCGACAAUUAGCGACAUAGAUCAUAAACCACCUUCUGCCUGUUUGUUUACCGCAGCAACACAACAGCAUGGCGGUGGGUGGAAGGGAGGGAAGGAUGGAGAGAGGGAUCAUAUGGGCUGAGGGAAGUAUCACUAACAAUGUACUCGUAUAGGGAUGAGUGAUCCCAGAGAUCACGCCUAGGGAUUUAUACAAUCAGGGAAUUAGUGUCUAUCUGUGUGACCUCGGUACUGCAGUGGCACUGCAGAGAAGGUAGGUAUGACCAGCAACUGUCAUUAUAACGAAUAGAGAAGGAGCCUAAUCACCACCACAGAUUCCCUCACAGGUAAUCAAGAAGAUGAAAGGACUAUUUUGUCCUCGGUGCGGUACAAAUUAUUCCGCUGAUGUUCCCGCGGCGCCUCCCGGUUAAUUAUAUUGUCAGGAGAAGGUAGAAAGUUGUAGAGGGAAAAAUAAGAAAAAAGAGAGGAGGAAGGGGUAGGUAGUCAUUACAAUUCAAACUGACUCAGCUGUGACUAUCAUUGGGUGCUUUGUCAUUGGGGGCGACAGUUUGAAGCUGGUAUUUCGGAGCUGCUUCAAGUGAGAGAUGCAGCAGUGUAGUCACCGUAGGGAGGAUGCCAAUGACUAUUAAUAGAUGAAAUGCCAAACUAUCCUCACACUUAAAGAAAUUGUAGCAUCAUGCUCUUGUUGUACAGCGUGUGCUUUCACAGGUUAACAACUAUAUUGGCAUAGCGUUAGCUAUGGAAUGCGUCCCAAAUGGCAACCUGUGGCCCUGGUCAAACGUAGUGCACUAUAAAGGGAAUAGGGUGCCAUUUGGGACGCAACUAUGAGUCUUGCUGUAGCUCCAGGACCUACAUGUAAAAGCUUUGACAUUUUAUUUCUAAUUCCGCCCUCUAUGUACGUAAUGCGUAGGCUCUCUUCCUGGUGUGAGUGUAUGGGUUUGGGUUGUUGUCUGUGUCUCAUGAUUUGUUUCUCUUUACUUUUGAAUGAUAGAUGUGAUCAGAAGGAAGCGACUGAGUCAGAUACAGUUGCGCAGCACCAGCCACACAGUCACUACAGAGGCCCACGAGGAAAAAGUGGAGAAGAAGAGGAACACCAAGGACCUAAACUCACCCAGUGUAAGGAACUUCCCCUACACUAUUAGACCUAUGUCAAAGGGGUGGUGUUUUGGGAGCAAAAUAGACUGCAAUAGCAUAGUAGCAUAAACUCAUUUUUUUUGCAUGAAAUACAGUAAAUGUUGCUAGUAGUAGAGGGAUGUGGUUCAGUUAUUCUCUGACUGAACCAGUCAUGAACCUUUCCAUGCAAUUAAAACAAAAUAAGAGAAGAGAAAAUCUGCUAAACUGACAAAUCUACUUAAAAUGCCUAAUGGUUGUGUUUUUGUGUACCAUACAAGAUGCAUUAUCAUCUGUAAUUGUGGCUUCCGUACUUACAAUCCCUAUACAAUUGCACAUCUCCAGGAAGCAUUAUCAUUAUGAAAGAGUAUCUCCGUAAUCUGUUGCGGAAAGAGUGAUAUUAAAGGGAUGUUAUCUACUUCCCCAGAGUCAGAUGAACUUGUGGAAACCAUUUUUAUGUAUCUGCGUCCAGUAUCAAUGAAGUUAGAGGUAGUUUCGCGAGCCAAUACUAACUAGCAUUAGCACAAUGACUGGAAGUCUAUGUGUAUCUGCUAGCAUGUUAGUAGAUCUAGGGCCUCAUUGCCAAAAUCCAAAAGUAUCCCUUUAAGAAAGCAAUUACUAACUAGCGUUAGCACAAUGACUGGACAUCUAUGGUAACAGCCAGUGUCCUAUAGACGUCCAGUCAUUGUGCUAACACUAAUUAGCAUUGGCUCGCGAAACGACUAACUUCCUUCAUACUGGACGCUGAGACAUAAAAAUGGUAUCCACAAGUUAAUCUGACUCCGGGGAAGUAGUCUUUAAAGGGAUACUUGAUCUAUCUUCUCAUUCUGUUCUGAUGUCCCUCUCUUUCCUGAACAGGACAGAGUCCUGAGAGUGUGCACAUACUCUGGCAGCAGCAGUGACACAGAGACAGAGUCUGAAGGGAACACGCUAGGCUCCACCCAAAGCACUCUUACCAACAGAGCAAAGACAAGCAACCAAGGUCAGAAUCACAUCUGCAUCCCACAUCCACAGACACAAUAAUGAUGUUAUUUAGAUGUAGGCCUACAGCAUUUGAUUUGAGCCAGUUUAUCUUAGGUCUAUUUUACACAUGAUUUGUUUGAAACAACAGUACAUCUCCUUGCAUUUUGUUAUUGCAGUUCCAAAAUAAUUGAAGUUGAUUGAGUGAUAGAUAUAUUGGUUGAUUGAAACUUGCUCUCCACAGUUGUCUACGAAGAGGAGACGAUGAAGAGGAGCAGUGUGGGAAAGUUCCCGUCAAUCAUGGACUACUAUCAACAUGACAUGUUCUCUCACAUAGAGAAGGACGACCACAGGAGGAGUUUCUCCCAAUACAACUUGUUGCACAACCAAUCAUCGCUAGAGGGAAAAGCACGAGACAGACUAAGCGUAAGUACUUCUUGUUGACCUAUGACAAUCACUGAAAAAAAAUAUCAACGCAACAUGCAACAAUUGCUAAGAUUUUACUGAGUUACAGUUCAUAUAAGGAAAUCAGUCAAUUGAAAUAAAUGCAUUAGGCCCUAAUCCAUGGAUUUCACAUGAAUGGGCAAGGGUGAAGCCAUAGGUGGGCCUGGGAGGGCAUAGGCCCACAGACAGAAAUACUCCUCAACUCCUUUCUGGGAUUUUCUAUUUCAGCUCAUGAAACAUGGGACCAACAGUUUACAUGUUGUGUUUAUAUUUUGGUUCAGUAUAUUACCUUUGACAUAUCCUUUUGUAGCUCGGUUGUUUUCACAUAUACUCAACUAGAUGAUCAUGAUCUUUUGAUGUUGCUUCAGGAGGAUCUAUUGCACGGACCACUUUACCUCGACCUCGGAAAAGUAUUAUGUUUACAAUACAGUGUUUGACACUAAGGAUGUAGUCAAACUUUCCCUCUAAAUUUUAUGUGAGAUCAUGCAUUAGCUCAAGGCAAACUGUUUCCAUGGUAACUUGCAGUCCAACUCAUGUGAAAACAAAUCAAUGUAAAGCAAAAUUGGUCCUUCUCCAGCUUCUCCAGCUUUCUCAAAGUGCGUACAAAGUCCACAAAGCUUGAUGUCUUUCACCCUCCUAUAAAGCGCUGUGGUUGGAUUGUUCUGACAUUUUCAUAAAAUAAAAAAACUGAAAGUCGCCUAAUUGCUUUCGAUCGGCUUGCCCUCUCGUGUCACGGGGUAUUUGCCUAACGGUAUUUAACUUCACUGAAUGACAAAUGAGGAGCAGUGACCAUGAAAUGGCCCUCGCCCCACUCCCCUCAGCCCCCACUUCCCAUUGGAUCAGUGCAGUAGAAUAACCUAACACACACACACACACACACACACACACAGAGACCUGACAGAAAAAUCCAUAAUCUGCAAAAGGAUCUGACUCAACACAAGUUCAGAGAGAGAGAGAGAGAGAGAGAGAGAGAGAGAGAGAGAGAGAGAGAGAGAGAGAGAGAGAGAGAGAGAGAGAGGAAAAAUACAUUAAUUUGUUUUAUGUUGUUGACCUAUGGUUCUUACUGUUGGCCUAUAGAGGCCUUGUACUAUGAAAGAGGAGCAGUAUUGAAACUUGCAGCUACUCUGCUAAAGCGAAAUACAACUUUGCAGGGCUCAGGGUGCUUUGUAUGCCUUUUUAUUAAACUUACAAUAUCAACCUUGCCAGUCGCUUUUUGUGCUCAAAUAUUUCUAAGAUUCAAUAAGUAAAGAUCUAUUCCAUUCUGCAUUGACUGAACAAUUGACUGCUCAAAUUGAAUGUGGAAAAUGAAUGUCCUUGGCGUAUGCUUUGACCCUGACGAAGGCACUGCAUACAGAAACAUUGGUUAAUCUAUUCAUUGAAUAACUGGGAGUAAAAUAGAGUUUGCAGCUUUUUGUCUUCUCGGCUGUUAGUCUACACUAAAUGAAACAAUUUUGGAUGAGUCUUCCGCUCCCACUCUACAAAGACGUUUUUGUGCUAAAAUGGCCAGGAUUUGACCAUUUUAAUGUCUGUGUGAAAUAAAGUGAAGUGUGGUUGCUGGUUGCGGAGGUGGGGUUGUAACUGAGGUUUUUCUAACAAGGUUUAUGUGUGGUUGGCUGCUGCGGUGGUGAGCCGGGGGUUUGAAAGCAUGGCUCGGAUUGUGAUGAGACUCCCUACAGAAAUGCAGUGUGUCCGACAGAGACCAUGUGCAUCCAACCUGCACAGAGAUCACCCAAACAACGAUAACAAAUACACCAAAGACAGAGCAACACUAUGGAUUUAAUCCUACCAUCUAUUGCUGUCCAGUAAUUGGUCUUGGAAAGACCUCACAAGAAAAUAUCUUUAUAAAUAAAAUAAAACUAAGGAACUUUGAAAAUACAUCUAAACCAACACAAUUAAGACCUAUGAGGACUAUUGGCAUUGUUUUGUCGCAUAGCCCUAGGCUAUUCGAAAUUCAUCCGUUAAUAAUUACAUUUUCAAGGUAAAGGUAUACAGAUAUUUUGGCAUGAGCCAAAAAUAAAUAUGGUGGUGGGACCCCACUGUAUAUGUGACCAUUCCCUUUAAGUCAGUCAGGUAAGUUCAUGGUAUCUUUAUGGAAGAUUCGUUUGGGAAGUGGGAAGUGUGUGGAAGGUGCAGGUGCGGGUGCAGUGUGAGAUUGGGUGAUUUAAGUGCCUUUAAUAACCUUUCACAAACACUCAGGAGAGUGAUGUAAAGCUCGGCAGCUCCCAUCAGAGACCUCAUGGCCCAGCCUGGCCCCCAUUCAUCAUCCUGACACUGCCUGACAGCAACGCUGCCUGCCUGCCUCUCUGCCUGCCUUGCUACACCCCCUCUUCCCUCUGCCUCCUUCAACCCCCCACACCCCUUUCUUUCUCUAUCUUUUGCUCUCUCAGUUUAGCUCUCAUCCUCUCUUUCUUUCCCUCUCUUUCUUUCUUAUUUCCUUCUCUCCCUCAUUUUCUCUCUCUCUCUCUCUCUCUCUCUCUCUCUCUCUCUCUCUCUCUCUCUCUCUCUCUCUCUUUUUUUUUCUCUCUCCUGAUGGGUAAUAGAGAUUUCUGCAGGCCUUUCCGACAGGGGGAAAACAGCAUAAGAUGCUGUGCUGGGGCUGGGCAGGGCCUAAGGAGCCUGACCAGAGAGGGCCAGGUUACACAGCCAUAUGCCUCAUAACUAUAUAAUAUCUGUGGUCACACGUUCUCCCCAGCUGCUUGUAACAGCUUGUUACCUGGAGCACUAAUGUAAUGGGGAGAGAGAGGGAUGUUUUUGGUCUUGGACAUGCAAUUGGAAAUAGAAGUACAGACAUGUAAGAAGUGCUUCAGAUGACAGACUUUUGAAUCAAAUAUUGGGGCAGAAUGUUUCCAACGUAUAUAUCCUUUCAGAAUCCCAAUUACCCAAGGCAUUCCCAUUGAAAUGAAAUACCUUAGCAGUUGACAAGCUCUUUUUCUACCUGAAGUGCCCCUGAGGCGAUGUUUUCCUGUGUGUUCGGUUGUAAAGGAUACACUUCAACUGGCUCCUUAGGUGCCAGCAGAUGGUCAAGGUCUGCACGGAGGUUGGUUUCAACCCACAGACAAGAGUGGUAAUUGUGUUUCACCAAAUCAAAUUCAAUCACAGAUAAGAAUCCCUCCUACCGAGAUAGAGAGCUCAGUGCUGUUAGGAGAAGAGCAGGACCAUGAUUGCUGUUCCUCACUGUCAAAGGCACUGAACGAAAGGCCACCCCAAUUCCAAUCACUGAUCACAAUCAAGUCAUACACCCUCUGCUCUGUUCUCAUGAUCUUCCACAUCCAUGCACCUGUAGACUACACUGCACUGGCACAUACUAUAGGGUUGGUUUCCCGGACCCAGAUUGAGCCUAGUCCUGGACUAAAAAUAAUUUUCGAUGUAGCACUUUUGGAUUCUCCAGUAACUUUGCUAGAAUGGAGAUAUGCGUCAUUGUGCAGAUUUGAAUCCCAUUUGUUUUUAUCACCAACCCUUGAAUUACCGUUGUACCUCAAAAGUGAUAUUUUUCAGAACUCUAGGGUAUUUCUGAUUUUCUUAGUGCUGAUUUAGUACAUGAAGAAUAUCUAACCCGCGGUGCCUGUGUGUUGAAUGCAUUAGUGUAAACCACCAGAUUGUUAGCGGAGUGGUUCUGGGUUGGAGUUCCUGGGAGGAAAGCCAUUUCUAAGGGCCACCUGUCAGUGAACACUUAAUGAUGAGGAGUUGGUGAAACCCUGAGGGCGGUCUAUACCCCUGGUAAUACAGUAACAACUCUGUGUACACUCCACCCGGGAAGUGUGUGGAUGUCUUGGCCCCUUCAGUAGAUUGGCUAGAGGUAAAUCCAGUUACCCAGAGAAUUGUGUUUACCUUUACCACAGAUAAAAUGUAGCCAGAGAGGCCAGGCUCCUUCUAAUGAUUCCUCAAAUUAUUUCAAGAUUCCUCAGUGCAUGUUGCAUAAAUAGUUCUGUUAAGAUAUUCUAAUAGCUAUUGACCAAGGUUGAAAUAAACAACAUAUUUUUUUUUCUAUUGAAGAUGUGUUUUGUACUCACUGUGGUUAGAUUUAUGACUGUAUGUGGGAAAAAUGCAUUAUGCAUGAUUUCUGUGAUUAUGCUAGAUUGGAGAUGCAGAGGUUUAUAUAUAUAUAUAUAUAUAUAUAUAUAUAUAUAUAUAUAUAUAUAUAUAUAUAUAUAUCUCACUGGGGACCUUUCCUAUUGUUGUGUUGCCAAUUUACUCAAGGGUGGUGGAAUGGCUUGGAGGCGUUUUCCAUGGAAGAAGGCAAUGAGUUCACCGACCACACACGAUAAAAGUGUAGAUACCAAAGAUAGUUCUCAAAAGUACAUAAACAGGGCUUAGAGGGCUCUAGUGAUUCAUCAUGAAACUGCAACAUUAAAGCUGCAAUCUGGGAUUGAUUUCUUAGCAAAAUGGCAGCCCCAAACCUGUUGUGGUAUAUUCUUCAAGAAUCAAUGGAUUGAAAUCUCCAUUGAACAGAUACCCAGAUCCCACAUUAUACCUUUAAGUGAGAUUCUCUGUGCAUACCAAAACACCUAUCAAUAUGCAAAAUGAUAUUCAAUAGAUGUUUGCUCUACAGUAUAUUUAAGGUUAAGCCAUUUGCGUUACUUUAUAGCGAGAAGAAGCCGGCCGCCGUUUGACUCGUUUCUUUUUAACAACAUGGGCUGCUGACAAAAAAAUAAUACAUUGUGUCAAAACAGCUACGAAGGAGAAUCUCUCCCUCUCCCUCUCCCUCUCCCUCUCCCUCUCCCUCUCCCUCUCCCUCUCCCUCUCCCUCUCCCUCUCCCUCUCCCUCUCCCUCUCCCUCUCCCUCUCCCUCUCGCUCUCCCUCUCCCUCUCCCUCCCUGUAGAAAGGUUGAUAUCUCACGGCAGAUUCCCCCAGACAGACUUAUUGGGCCUUAAGCAUGGGAGGAGAAUGAACAAAGCUCUCAAUAAAUCAAUGCGAUACUCAGGAAUGACAGUAGUCAAAGUGCUUUGUAGUGUUGCGUUACGCUGAAGUAGAUAUACACUGAGUGUACAAAACAUUUCCAUCACAUAGACUGACCUCAUGAGUCAACAUGGGCCAGCAUCCCUGUGGAACACUUUCGACACCUUGUAGAGUCCAUGCCUCGACGAAUUGAGGCUGUUCUGAGGGCAAAAGGUGUUCCUAAUGUUUCGUACACUCAGUGUAAAUUCAGCAUGACAGCCUUGUUUUUCUUGUUUCUGGAUAUUCUUUGUUGAGAGACUGAGUGACAGAUUACUUAUAUGAAAUUAUAUGUAGAAAGGGGCAAUCUGGGACUGCUUUAUUGUUGUUUGAAUACCAGAUUGACACUUUAAAGUAUGAUAAUAAUGUGCUGCAGUGUGGACUCAUUGUGGGCAGAUGACAAAACACCCCUCAUCUCAUUUUCUCCUCUCUUGUUUGUCUUGUUUUUGCUGUAGAAAGGGAAUCAAGUGGACAUGACGACAGGCGGCUGCGGCGGAGUGGUCCAGGCCGGCUCUAGAGACGUGUCCUUGGAGUCCCUGAACAAGCUGAACAGCAGUGGGCUGGGGCUGUACCCGGAGACAGAGCAAAGGCCAAGUAGCGGUGACUGCUCCUGUUCCGCAGGGGAGAGAGAGGAGGACUGCUGCAGCAGGGCUGACAACGAGCCCUCGUCGUCCAGCUACGGCUCCAACAAGCCCGGGGCGGAGCGUGUGGGUUCUCUCAGUGAUUCGCUUUACGACAGCUUCUCCUCGUGCACCAGUCAAGGCUCCAACAAUGUGUAGAGUAAGAAAGUGGAGGCCGGGGACGAUUCUGUGGAGUCCUCUGCUACUCCCACCAACCGAAGCACUUAGGUCAUAAGGAAGGAAGUGAUGUCAUAGGUGAUGUCAUAAGAUAAGGACGUGAACCCAGACUGUACAGUAUGCAUGACCUCUGACCUGGACAAUUAAACUAUAGGCUACAACAGUACCACCGUUCAAGGUGUGGAAAGCAAUAUUAGAAAUAGUCUUCUUGCAUUAUAUAUUUUUUCCCGAAGGGGGAAUGUUUUUUAUCAUUGCACUGUAACAAAUACUGUACAAAGUUUUUAAGGAAUUUAAAAAGUGAAAUUCAACUUGAAGACAAAACUAGAGUAAAUACCACCAAAACAAACCAAUCAGAAAUAUCAUCAGGAGCAACUGAUGAUGCCUAGUAGUGUGAAGCAAUACCUUAGGAAUCAUCAAAUGUGAAAAAAAACAAUUAUGGUUGUUGGAUGUGGAUGUGGAUAGACGGUUUUCUCACUGAUCAUUAUUUCUCAAGUUUGAAUUGGAGCAAUGUUUUACUGCCACAGUGUUGUAUGCCACAAUGGCAGGUCUACACACCACAACUCCCAUCAUGCAAUACACUGCAACCCAUACCAUACAAUCACAGCCCCUAAAGCCAUUGGCUCAAACGUGUACGAUUUCCAGACUGCUGUGGUAUCUUGAAAGUUGCAUGGUGAACGAAAAUGUGACACACACACAUUAGAACAAAUACAAGAACAAAUAUUGUAUUUUAUUUUUAAAGUGGUGUGAUUUAUACUUUAUAUUAAGUGACCUAAAUACAUGCAUGUGCACAUUUAAUUGAACCACCAGUACUGUGGAAUCUUAAUGAAUAAUAUCCUGCAUAUUGAAUGUACUGGAGUCAGUAUUGACUUUGAAUUGUAUUAUAAAUUAGGAAUACAUGAUCAAUCAUUUCUACCAGCAAGUCAAAACUGUCAAGCUGAACUUCAACUGAUGUGUAGUAGCUUAAAGGGAUAGUUCGGGAUUUUGGCAACAAAGCCCUUUAUCAUUUUCCCGAGUCAGAUGGACUCAUGAAUGCCAUUAUUAUGUCUCUGCAUCCAGUAUGAAGGAAGUUAGAG